AUGGUCGACUUUACUCUCUCACCAGAACAAAAAACAGUUCAAAUAUUCGCACGCACCUUUGCACAAGAAAAUCUCCUGAAUGCUCAUCUACUUUAUCAAGAUCUACCAACUCCGCACGAGCGAUUUCUCUCAACCAAGUCAAUCUACGAGAAAGCAGUGCAAGCUGGUUUGAUUCAAGGUCAGAUUCCAGUUUCACUGGGAGGAAGUGGAGGUGCAAUGAUCAAUGGAGCAUUGAUUUGUGAAGAAUUCUAUGCGGUCGAGUCGAGUGCAAGUUUAACCAUAUUCGGUACCGGGUUAGGAAUGUUACCAAUCAUUCUCUUUGGUUCACCUGACCAACAAAAACGUCUUCUUAAUCCGUUCAUUCGCAAACAAGGUGCCCCUCUAGCGAGCUUCGUUUUUUCUGAAUCCGGUGGAUCUGCCAAUUGGAAGACUUCUACAACAUUCACUACUGCCCAUUUGGAUGGAGAACAUUAUGUUUUGAAUGGCGAGAAGAAAUGGGCUACGAACUGUGCUGGCUGGGAUUAUACAGGUGCGGAUGUACAGUGUGUCGUGGUGAAGAUCAAGGAAUCCUUUGCCGUCAUUGCUGUCACAUCAGAAGAUAUAAAGAAUAACGCACAUGGAGCGUACACGAUCAUCGAAGAUAUCGAAACCGUCGGACAUUGUGCUGUUUCCGGACCGCAUAUAAAGUUCACUAAUCUUCGAGUACCUCUUUGGAAUCGCCUCGAUCAAGACGGCAUCAAAAUAGUCGAAACUGUUUUUACUAUCACGGCUGGUCUCGUUGGCUCUUUUUGCACUGGUGUCAUGCGUACAGCAUUCGAGAAAGCAUUAACAUUUGCACGGACGGAGAAGCGUGGAGGAGAUACAUUUAUAAUCAGUCAUCAGAGUGUCAGCGACAUUCUUAUUUCGAUGAAAGCGAUCUUGGAAGCAUCAAGAUAUUUAACGUGGAAGGCGCUGCACCUUUUUGAAACGACUGGCAAUGGGGAACUUUGUUAUCUUGCCAAGAUCUUCGCAGCUGACCAUUGUGUCCAAGUGGUUUAUGAUGGAAUGAGAGUGAUUGGCGUUGAUUCUUACAGCAAGAAAUAUAGAUUCGACAAAUUGCUUAUGGAUUCGGCUGUCUUUUCGAUAUUCGAUGGUGGCAAUGUCGGAGUACGCAGACGUCAAGUUCAAGACUUGUUUAAGAGUGACAGCUAUGACCCAUUAGGGACAAUGGGUUAA